AUGGACGUCAAGGUGGAUGAGAUCGAAAUGGAAGUCAAAAUGGCUGAUAUCCCCCAAACCGGUGACCAUACUCCAGAGUCAACCUUCAAAACCCCAAAGGAGAAAGCUCAAGAUUCUAGAGAUACCAAUAACACACCCCCAGAACUACCAGCCAGUGUCGUCCUGCUAGAAGACGUACCAACUGCUCUUGAUGUACCGGAUUACACCUCUGAUACUACUAUCAUGGACGAAAACAUGUACGACAGCGACAGCACCAUCACAGACCCCGACAUGGCCGACUACCUCCUUGCUAUACAGGACCAUGACAAUCCUGAUAUACAGGACACUGAUAAUCCUGAUAUGCAGAACGCUAUUGACAAUCCUGCCAUGCAGAAUGCUGUCCUUUCUGCUGUUCGAAACACUGUCAAUUCUACCAUUCAGAACACUGUCAAUCAUGCCAUGCAGAACACCAUCCAUCCUGCCAUGCAGAACACCGGCGUCAAUCUUGCCAUGCGGAACAUUGUCAAUUUUGCCAUUCAGAAUGCUAUCAAUCCUACCUUCAAUCCUGCCAUCCAGAACACCAUCCGUCCUAUCGUACAGAAUACCAUCAACUCUACUAUACAGGACGCUGUCAACCCUGCUACCGCAUUCGGUGCUCUCGUGGAGCCUCCCGAGCCAUACGAGUCUGCGCUCCCCGAUGCCGGCGAAUCUGAUAAUGACACAACGAUGUCUGAAGCCGCUGAAGAAGCCGACCAGCUCCGAUCUUCACCUUGUAGUACUGAAAUUUCAAAUAGAAUCAGAGUUCAUAACCCUAUGAGCAUCAGUUGGAUCGUGCACCCAAGAAAUACUGAGCCUAAUCAAUCGUCGUCGGCAAUCAUUGACCCUGCACCCGGCCUCAGAAACGCCGCGGACCCCUCAAUUGCCGGCUCGCGCGCGCAGUCCAGACCCGCCGAGCUCCCAAUUGUCCAGUCGCUGAUUCAAGCCUACAUCCUUAAAACAUUCCAUAUUUUCCUCCCACUCGACUAUAUCACCACCGAGGACCUUCCUGGCGCCUACAGCUGGAACGCACGGCCCUUCAAGACAUUUGCCUUCUUCCGCGAGCGCAGCAGCAGCACAUGGUCACCGGAGGAGCUGUCGCUGUUCACCCGCGCCCUUGGAAAGAGCGUGUGUGCGCUAUGGGACCCAUGGGUGGAGCUGCCGGAGAGCGUGAGUAUGAUUGAGUUGUAUAAUAACUUUCUGAUGCCUAGGUAUGAGUUAGAGAUGAGUCAGGCAAGUUUGAGGGAGAAGAAAUCGUUUCCUAGAUGGUAUUUCAUGCACACCGGCGAGGAAUGGUGUGCCGCUAUUCGUCCCCAUGUUCAAGUCAUUCAAAGAAUCCCCGUGACUAAAGCGCACAAAUUUGUGCAGCUCAAAGAGAUGACCAUGGCACUAGAUGACGCGAGCGAGGAGAUGUGGGCCGAUUCCUGGGACCGGCUGACUCUGAAGCGCAAGCUGGACUUCUAUCUCACGGGGCUGGAGGGUGUCGAUAUUGCUGCGUUGAGGGCACAGUAUACGGCGGAGGAGCGGUUAGCUGAGUGGGAGGCCCAGAGAUCUAGAGAGGAAAAUUGA